AUGACGCAUGACCAGUCCGCCCAGACAGAGGCAGGCCACUCCGCCGCAAUGGCACUGCAAAGCCAAGCGAUCAAGGACAGCCGCUUCGCAAACGUACAGUUUGAUAAGGCGCGCAGGACGCUGGACACAUAUCGCGACGCUGCGCAGAAGGAGAACCUAGAGCGGUCCUACAUUCUACAGCAGCAGCACAACAACCUGAACGCUCGCUGGUCGAGCAGCUAUGGCGAGCUACAGAAAGAGGCCCAGAAGAGGGCCCGAGACCUCCAGAAGGUUGUGAAAGAGCUCGAAAAUGCAAGAGCCGAACUCGAAGAAAAGAAGAAGGAAAGCCAGUUGAAUGACAUGGCCGUGCGUGAGCUCCAAGAGACCGUUGAAAUGCAGAACAGCGAAAUUGUUCGAGCACGCGAGAUUCACGCCCAGCUCGACAGCGUGGAAAAAGAGUUGGCCGAAUGCAAGUCAGUCAACCAAGCUGUCGAGGCAGUGUUGGAGAUGAAGAAGAGACACAUCGCGGAACUCGAGUCCGCCUUGGGGGAGAUGACCGCAAAGAAUGACCGGCUGGCGGCUGAUCAUAUCGAGCACGAAUCACUCAAGUUGCAAUUUCGCUCUCUCGAAGCCGAGCACGCCGAAGCUCUGGACAUCGCCAGCGGUCUAUUCGACGGAGAAAUCGGUACCACACCGGCCGAGCUCAUUGGCCAGAACAGGGCUUUGGGGCAGCAACUUCGGGAGCUCCAAGCCGAAAACAAGGCCCUCGCAGAGCGCCUGGCACAAGGGAUGGGAGCGCAAGCAGACCGCGAUGGUUCGUCUCGGGGCCAGUGUCAUCACAACCACUGCAAUCACUGGAGUGACGAGGGGAAGGAACAAGUCCCUGAUGCAAAGGCGGGGGGUGCCGUGGAAGGCAAAGUCGACGAAGGCAAGGCGAAGAAGAGGAAGCGGACCAAAUGA